AUGGGGGACCACUGGCAAAGGUCACUGCGCAGCAGCCACGCCUUGGAGGCAGAGGGCAGGUCGGAUAGCGGGCCAGACGCAGCCUCCCUAGCCCUCCAGAGCCCUGUGCGCAGGACCCGAGGGCCCCAGGACCCCAGGCACCAGGACCUGGACGUCAGGGAGCUGAGGUUGGAAGAGGAAGAGGAGGAGGCUCCCCCUGAGGACACAGCCAGGGAGGAGUUCUCAGGCCCCCAGAACCCACAAGAGGCCCUCUCGGGGAUGGGGAAGGCACUGGAGAAGGACACAGAGGAGGCUGUGCCUGAGACGAGCCACCUGUCCAUUGCCCAGAGGCUCCCGAGUGUGUCUCCGGCCAGGGUGAGGAAGAGGAGGAGGCGGCUCUUGGACCUGGCAAAACCCAAGAGUGACUGGCAAGUCCUGAAGGACAGGCCAUCUGUGUACCGGACGGAGAGGCCGCGGCUGGAUACCACCCUCACUGCCACUGUGCCCGUGGUGUCCCACCGGGUGGCAGGCCUGUCUCGACCUAAAAGGUUCUACUCAGAGCAUCCCAGCAACAGGACCUCCCCCAUUUGGCCCAUUGCUCGACCCACCUUGAAAUACCAAGCGUCCAGGCGCCUGCGGGAACUGGCCACUCCGAGGGUGCGGAAUAACAUGUGGAGCAUAAACAUGUCUGAGGUGGGUCAGGUAUCCAGGGCAGCCCAAAUGGCCAUCCCCAGUCCAAGGAUCCUCUGGCUGGCAAAGCCCAGGGCCCCAGCCACCCUGUUGGAAGAGUGGGACCCCAUGCCGAAACCCAAACCGCACGUGUCAGACUACAGCCGCCUGCUUCACUUGGCCAUGCCCAAAGCCCAGUUGGACAAGUGUGUCCCCGACCGAGACCCAUGCUGGGAGGUGCUGGACGUCACCAAGAAGGCAGUGGCCAGUCCCCGGAUCAUCUCCCUGGCCAAGCCCAAAGUGCGUAAGGACGUCAACGAGGGCUACGACCGGCAUCCCCUCGCCUCUAUGAGCUCGCCACUCCCAAGAGCAUCACCAAAAAAGUGUGAGUGGCCCAGGCUGGCCUCUGAGGCUCUGUUCCCAGUAAACACCCAAGUGCAUCCUAAACCUGUGCGUGUGGCUGGCUCUGGGCAUUUUUGACUGGAGGAGGAAGGGCAGGCUGGAAGGCCAAAAGGACCAUGAGGAAAAUACUAAUGUCUGCAUCCAACCUGUGAUUUGUACAGCCCUCUUAUUUUCCAAGUCACUUUCACCUGUCAUUUCGAACUUCUCUGAUGUCAGGCUUCAAAAGUUCCCUUCUGAAUCCCUUAUGUCCAAUUCUGCCCUGAGUGUCCACAGCACCUCAAGCUCAAUGACCUCCUAAUAAAAUCGGAUAAUGUCCAUUGCGUGUUGCGCUUGUAACAAGUCAGCAAAAACAGGGCGGCUUAAAACAAUACACAUCUGACAGCUCUGGAGGUCAUAGGCCUGACGUGGGUCUCACGAGGCUACACCCAGGCAGGCAGGGCCGGCUCCUCCAGGGGCCCGGGGAGAACCGUGUCCCCUUCUUCCAGCUUCCAGAGGCGCUGCGGCUUCGGCUCGGGGCCCCCUCCUCCGUCUGCAUGGCUGGCAGGGCAGCGUCUUCCUGUCUCUCUGAUCCUGCCCCCCUGCCCCCCUCAUAGGGACCCUUGUGAGGACCCUGGUCCCCUGGGAACCCAGCAUCACCCCCAUUUCAAGGGCCUUGACUGAUCCCUCUGCAGAAUCCCUCUGCCACAUGAGGGGACACGUCCUCAGGUCCUGCACAAGAACGUGGGUGUCUUUGGGAGCGGUUUUGCAGCUGACCACUACGGGAGAGAGAUCCUUUCUGUCUCUGAAACCCAGACAAAGCCUUGUAUUUCGCUGGCUCUGUCUGGUCUGCUUCCGGACCACUUGUCCUGAAGCUGUGGCAUGCUGACUGUGGUAGGACAGCUCCUCAGAGCCUACCAAAUGUUAGGUCCUGAGCCACGAGUCAGAAUCCAGACUUAUUACCAGACUCUAAGCACUGCAAGGAAAUGAAUUAAUUCAAUACCUUAAAGGAGACACUUACUGACUAGUUGUAGGUACAGAUCUAGAUAGGUAUUCAGAAGAAAAGGGUUAAAAAGAUACCCCAUCUUCAUCCCCUUGAAUGAUUCAGUGGUGUGACAUUGGGGAGGAUGGGCCCCUAACUCGGAGCAUGUGGCAGUGAUGGAGUGAAUGUUUCCUGAAGACUGGAGGGAGACGAUGCCUUGUUGAAUUAACGGAUGGAAUUGCUGACCCUGUUGUUCUGGCGAGUGUAAUGGGAGCAGCUGGAAGGCCUCGGAGGAGGCAGUCGAAAGGAGGAACACGAGUGGACCAACCAAGACUCCAAUGCCUGUUCAAUCAGGCAGACCGGAUUAUGCAGUCCACAGAGUAACAGCCUCAAAGAUGUCCAUGUCCCAGUUGUGGAAAUCUGUGAAUAUGCUAAUUUAUAUGGCAAAAGGGACUUUGCAGAUGGGAUUAAAGAUUCUGAGAAAGAACAUACUGGAAUACGUGGGUGGGUCUCUGCCCCUGUAAGAGGGAGGCAGGGGGAAAUUUGGCCUCUGAAGAAGUUACUAUCCACCAGAGCGAGAUGUGCUCUGGCCGUCAAGAUGGAGUGCAGCUCUGGAUGGAAGCACAUUCUCCCCUCAGUGGGCGCAGGCUCUGCUGACGCCUCGAUUUCCACCCAGUGAAACUGCUUGACUCCGGAUAAUGUGUGUUGUUUUUAGCAACUGGAUUUGUGACAGCAGCAAGAGGAAACUAAUGCAGACUGGAGAUCAUAAAGGUUGACUUGACGAGGCAGACUGCACUGUAGCUGGUAUUAAUACA